UGACUCAGAUUUAGCAGAGCUUCACAUACUAAAGAAAGUAAGCAGUUGUCUUGCUGUCAAUUGGAAUUCCUGUGUUAUUUAUGACACUUUUCCAGGAUACUGGGGGAGAAGAAUAAUGAACAACAAAACUGUCAUCACCCAUUUCCUCCUCCUGGGUCUGCCCAUUGCGCCAGAGCACCAGCACCUGUUCUAUGCCUUGUUCCUGGCCAUGUACCUCACCACUGUCCUGGGAAACCUGCUAAUCAUUGUCCUUGUUCAACUGGACUCCCAUCUUCACACACCCAUGUACCUGUUUCUCAGCAACUUGUCUUUCUCUGACCUCUGCUUUUCCUCUGUCACAAUGCCCAAAUUGCUGCAGAAUAUGCAGAGCCAGGACCCAUCUAUCCCAUAUGGAGGAUGCCUGGCACAAACAUACUUCUUUAUGGUGUUUGGAGAUAUGGAGAGCUUCCUUCUUGUGGCUAUGGCCUAUGACCGCUAUGUGGCCAUCUGCUUUCCUCUGCAUUACAUCAGCAUCAUGAGUCCCAAACUCUGUGUUGGUCUAAUGCUGCUAUUGUGGAUGCUAACAAUAUCCCAUGCCAUGAUGCACACUCUGCUGGCAGCAAGACUGUCUUUUUGUGAGAAUAAUGUGGUCCUCAACUUUUUCUGUGACCUAUUUGUUCUCCUAAAGCUGGCCUGCUCAGAUACUUAUGUUAAUGAGUUGAUGAUAUUUAUCAUGAGUUCCCUCCUCAUUAUUAUUCCAUUUUUCCUCAUUGUCAUGUCCUAUGCAAGGAUCAUCACCUCCAUUCUUAAGGUUCCAUCUACUCAAGGCAUCUACAAGGUGUUCUCCACCUGUGGUUCUCAUCUGUCUGUAGUAUCAUUGUUCUAUGGGACAAUUAUUGGUCUCUACUUAUGUCCAUCAGGUAAUAAUUCUACUGUACAGGAGACUGCCAUGGCUAUGAUGUACACAGUGGUGACUCCCAUGCUGAACCCCUUUAUCUACAGCCUGAGGAAUAGAGAUAUGAAGAGAGCCCUAAUAAGAAUUAUCUGCAGUAAGAAAAUCUCUCUGCAAUGGUAGCUUUGGGAUUUUAACCUAGUUUUAUGCAAUAAAUGUAUUGAGAGUAAUAUUUUGUAUC